GCUUCGUGGAAGUGACAACUGCAUUGAAGUGAAAACGAAAUACUUUGUGGUCUGAUUGUUCUUGAACUAAAUAAAAACGUUGUUUCCCAUCAUUUUGACCAUGUUCCGGCCGAUCGCAUGUGAAGUCCAUAUGUAAUGACGUCUAUAUCAGACUUUUUCUUUUUGUAAUUGCCAAGCUAUUCAUUCAAAAUAAUCACAUAUACAAAACAAUAUGUGUAUACAUAGUUUACAUAUCGUAUCUAGAAAUUACAUAUGAAUAGUGUCUUUAGUACAUUUCACAUAAUCAAAAUCAGACUUACACAUCUCAGAAAAGUAAUCGCAAGCAUUACAUGAGGCCCCAGCGUCCUGCGAUUCGACCUGUUUUACGUCAACAUCACGGACAAGCGCGGUAACAGUGGUAUGCAGUAGCAUCUACAAUUCACUCGAAAUCACUGGGUUGGAAGUGUGUGUUCUGAAUAAUCUCGAUUUCAAUUUGGACAGUAGUGCUGUUGUAGGGUUUAUCAACGUUCUGGUGAAUGUUUCAGUAACACCUGUGUCGUGCAACCUCGUUCGUUCGCAUUCGGAGCUCCUCGGCCAUUUUUAUCGAAAACAACUUUUUCGAUAAAAUGGCCGAGGAGUUCCGAAUGGUUUGUUCGACGUUAGCAGUGUGAUUGUUUCCAUCUAGCUUGCAUUAAGGCCAAUUGUGAGCAUACAAAAUACUGACUGAGAACUUAUCGCUACGUGAGUUAUAGCGUUGAUAUUCAUUAAAUAUGUAACAAUUUGUUUAAGAAUCAUCGUAUACUUUAAUAAAGUUAUCAUUCACGUUUCAUCCGCAAAUACUCCCUAGUUUAGAAUGUAUAGCGUAUUUGCCGAGAAACGGUUUCUUUUUCUGUAGGUAUAGUUGUUUCUCAGCUAUGUAGCUAUUGACAAAGGCAAUAUGCAGAUUUGCCAAAAAAUAAUUGAAACUUUUUGUAUCAUGUACAUUAAAUACAUAUGUUGAUUUGAAACUAUUCAGAAAAUAACGUUACAAUUAAAAGGAACACAGCCAUUCUUUAAAAGUUAAGGGUUUAACAUUUAAAGAAUUGCUCUUCGCAUGCAUAUAAAAUAUGGGGGUAUACGCAUAAUGAGUCAUUCAGUCAAGCAGUUCUUAAAUGGGACACAUUUUACACUGUUAAAUGCCAAAGCGUAUACUAUAUUCUUUAAAACUAGAUUCUACAUGUACUUCUUAAUAUUCUAGAUUUUUUGGUGCACGAAGAUGCAUCAGACAUUAAGGAAAUAUAUAAUUUAAAGUUAUAUUAUAAACUAAUAAACAGUCUAUGAAUGGAUGUCUCAAACAUGAACACAGUGUCUCCUUAACUGCUUAAAUGCAUUUACUAUAUACCUGAUUUGUGCUUAGUGAAUCGCGAACACAUUAAAUUGAAACGGAUACCAUGGCAAUGGUCAACAAUUAAUGAACUGUUGCAACUAACCACACGCCUGUGUUAAUAGACAAGACAAGCCAACCAAUGAAUCAAUAUGGAACGCAUUAAGCUUUAAAUUCUGCUAGCACUGUUUUCAGGGGUUUUUUUUUCGGAUAUAAUUACGAAGAUGGAAAGUAAUUCGGAUAAUCAAGAAUCCGAUAUCAAGUUUACUAAAGUUGGCGAAGGUUUCAGUGUCAACAGAAACGAUUCUUUUGAUGACAACGCAGAAGAAACCGCGUUCCUUGCAACAGAAUCACGUCAUACCAGCGACAAGGAACUCGAUGCCGUAGACGUGACGCCACCACCGUUCGGCCGGAAGCGGAUGUUGAAGAAUCUGGUGGUUGUGAGCGGGGCGUUCCUGUUCCUGUUCACGUCGUUCCAGUCGCUUCAGAACCUACAGAGCAGUCUGAACAAGGAGGCGGGCCUUGGGACCGUCAGCCUCUCCGUCAUUUACGCAUGUGGCAUGCUGGCCGGGCUCCUGCUGCCCCCACUGAUAAUUAGCGUGUUGGGAUGCAAAUGGACGUUGGUCGGGAGCAUGGCCUGCUACAUUGUGUUCAUGGCCGCCAACCUGUACCCUGUCUGGGCCACCAUGAUUCCCGCAUCAAUUGUCUUAGGUUGCGGCGCAGCGAGCCUAUGGGCUGCCAAGUGCACGUACCUAACCCAACUAGGCGCCUGGUACUCGGUCCUCGACGGCUCCCCCAAGCAGGGAACCAUUAGCAACUUCUUCGGCAUAUUCUUCAUGUUCUUUCAAUCAAGUCAGAUCUGGGGUAAUCUGAUCUCUUCGGCGGUGUUCAGUCAGGCGGCCCCCGACAAUUCUAGCGUCUCCGAAGACGUGCUAGCCACGUGCGGCGCCAACUACUGCCCAACCGACUACCGUAACAAUACUAACCUGGACAGACCUAACACCACCAAGGUGUAUACGGUGUGCGGUAUCUACCUUGGCUGCGGGAUACUGGCGCUCGCGAUCGUUGCCGUCCUGCUCGACAACAUAUCCGUCCGGACGGACGUGAGCCGCGCGCCGGUCCGUCACCAACUGUCUGCUAUCGCCCGCCAUUUCCUGUCGUCGCGUUACCAGCAGCUCCUCAUCCCACUCACCGUCUACAGCGGCGUGGAACAGGCGUUCAUGGCUGGGGAUUUCACCAGGUCGUAUAUCAGCUGUGUGCUGGGGGUAUGGAACGUUGGUUACGUUAUGAUAGCGUACGGUAUAUCGGACGCCCUGGGCUCCCUGACGGUCGGCCGCCUUGUGAAACACACCGGCUUCGUUCCCUGGUUUGUAGCAGUAUUUAUUCUCCACGGAGGUUCUAUGGUGACGCUGUUAUUAUGGCAACCGUCCCCGGAUCACGUGGACGUGUUCUAUCUCAUAGCCGUGUGCUGGGGAGCUGGGGAUGCCAUCAUACAGACGCUUGUUAAUGCUCUUUACGGUUCGUUGUUCACUGAGAAGCCGGAGACCGCCUUCGCCAGCUACCGGAUCUGCGAGUCUGCGGGCUUCAUCCUGUGCUUUGGUUACAGCGCGUACAUCUGCACACGCGCCAAGUUGGUCAUAACAUUGUUGUUCCUGGUCGUGGGAUCCGCGCUCUACGGCGUCCUCGAGUGGAACCAACGGAAAUCGCAUCGAAAGUAGAGGAGAAUAGAGGCGGGGAAGCGGUGAAUAUAGUAAUCCAAGUUUGUGGUUUAAAGAAGUCGGCUGAGAAGCUAUGGAGAUUCGUGAUUGAAUCAACAGUCAAGCAAACAGGACUUCAACCGAAGUGUUAAUUAUCUUUGUUUUUUCUAUAUUAUGUAAGGGGAUUUAUCUUCUACGGAUCUUUAAAGUGUUUCUAAAUGUUUAAUGCUUUGUCAACUGUACUGUUUAUGAGCUUUAUGUUGCCGUUGGUUUUCAAAGUAACACUGCCACUACUUACUUGACAAUCUCAUAUGGUUUUUAUAUUCACUGGUCAAUUGUUAUACAAUCUUAUUAAUUAUAAGUGUG